AUGAUUCUACUGGAAGUGCACAAUCGAAUAAUAGAAGAAAUAUUAACAACUCAAAUAGAAACAUUUUUACGUAAAGAGAAACUUACUGAACUGAAGACAAAGAUUGUUGAUUUUGAUGGUGCUUUAUAUUAUAUUAAACGUUCACGUGAUACACCAUUAACUGUGUCAAUUAAAUUAAAAUUUUUUCGCGAUUUAGAACAGCAUGGUACAGAUGAACUGCUACGUCGUGAGUAUGGCGAUUUGUUAGUAGCUCCAGAAGAAGACUACAAUGUAACACUAUCAAUCGAUUUUAAUACGCAAUUACCCACAGAAGAUUGGCAAGGAUUAGUGAGGAAAAUGGCCAUGUUAAAACGAAAUUGUUUUGCGGCUGUAUUUGAAAAAUAUUUUGAAUUCCAAUCGAAACAAGAAGUUGGUCAUAAACGGGCUGUUAUCCAUUAUCGUGAUGAUGAAACCAUGUACGUUGAUGCGUCGUUUGAUCGUGUCAUUGUUAUAUUUAGUACAGUAUUCAAAGAUCCUGAUGAUAAUAUUAUUGGAAAAGUGUUUAUGGAAGAAUUCAAAGAGAGACGCCGAAAUUUUCAACAAGCACCACAAGUUUUAGUGAAUUAUCGAACACCACCAGAAGAAUUAAAAGAAAUGAAAGAUGCAAGAGUGGGAGACAAUAUUGGUUAUUUGACAUUCGUCUUAUUUCCAAGACACACAAAAGCAGCUGCGCGUGAUAAUACAAUAAAUUUGGUACAUACAUUACGAAACUAUUUCCAUUAUCAUAUUAAAUGCUGUAAAGCGUAUCUACACUCUCACAUGAGACAAAAAACAAACGAAUUCUUAAAACGUCUUCAAUUAGCUCGACCAGAAGUGAAAAAGAAUUUCAGAAAAGGAGCAGCAGUUGGAGAUGCAGCUGGUAUAGAAUGA